AUGUAUUUAGCUAGACUUGGACAGAUUCGAGGACAAUGCAGAGGUAUGUCAUCGAUUAGUUUAUCUGUUCUAUUACAGCUAGAUGGAGUUCGCUCAGCAAUUACAAUUACUUGUAGCUUAAUAAUAUCCUCACUUACCUGUUUUUUCUUUUCGAGAGUUAUUGUAUGGUGGAUCACAAUCUGGUCCUCAGAAAAAGGAGAAGACGCGGAGGAUGGAUGUAGUGGGAACAAUGAAGAAACAGAAGAUAAUGAUGACGAAGAAGAGGUUGACAAGUCCGUAGAUGUGAAAUCAAAAGCUUUGUUUCUGUUCGUUCAUUUGAAUGAAUCAUUCCUUGUAGAGUUUGUUUCCGGCAAAUGA